UCCCUAAAAGAUAAUGAGUUGCCAGAAGUGAAGGAUACUCAAAGCUGAACGCGUCUGGCUCCGCCGAUCGCAAUGACUACGGUGCCCGACUUUCAGCGUAUAGCCUGCAAUUGGCGGUGUCUAUCUCCCGCUCCAAAUCGCCGAGCGAUACCCUCCACCUUAGGUCCGGCGAGCAUUCGCCAUUCAAAGAACUCAAUAUGUUGUCCAUUUCGAUCAAAGCUUGCCAGAAACGGAGUCGGUUGUCAGUGCCGGAAGUUCCGAUGCUCGAUUGCCGAGGAUUCAAAAAUUGCUCAGUCCAAGGUCGGUGCCGACAACUUUGGGAAUGGCGAAUCCGCGCUGGAUUGCGUGAUUGUUGGCGCCGGUAUCAGUGGUCUCAGCAUCGCGCAGGCUCUGGCUACCAAGCACGCUGAUGUCGCUCCGAAUUUCAUCGUUACGGAGGCCAGAGAUCGAGGCGGCGGCAACAUCAUAACCGUGGAAAGGGACGGCUAUCUUUGGGAAGAAGGUCCCAACAGCUUCCAGCCAUCUGAUCCGAUGCUCACCAUGGUGGUAGAUAGUGGUUUGAAGGAUGAUUUAGUGUUGGGUGACCCUAAUGCACCACGUUUUGUAUUAUGGGACAGUAAAUUAAGACCUGUACCCUCCAAGCCAAGUGAUCUCCCCUUCUUUGACUUGAUGAGCUUUGGUGGGAAACUCAGGGCAGGCUUUGGUGCUCUUGGCUUUCGACCUCCUCCACCAGGUCAUGAGGAAUCUGUGGAGGAGUUUGUGCAUCGUAACCUUGGUGAUGAGGUUUUUGAGCGCUUGAUAGAGCCAUUUUGUUCAGGUGUUUAUGCAGGUAAUCCCUCAAAACUCAGUAUGAAAGCAGCAUUUGGAAAAGUUUGGAACCUAGAGCAAAAUGGUGGUAGUAUCAUUGGGGGUACCUUCAAAGCAAUCCAAAAAAGAUCUAGUAGUCCAAAGCUGCCUCGAGAUGCGCGUCUACCAAAACCAAAGGGCCAAACAGUUGGGUCAUUUAGGAAGGGACUGACCAUGUUACCUGAUGCAAUUUCUGCAAGGUUGGGUAGCAAAAUAAAAUUCUCUUGGAAGCUUUCAAGUAUUGUAAAAUUGGAAAAUGGAAGGUAUGGUUUGACAUAUGAAACAGCAGAAGGAUUGGUGUGUCUGCAGAGCCGGAGUGUUGUAAUGACUGUUCCAUCCUAUGUAGCAAGCAGUUUGUUACAACCUCUUUCAGCUACUGCAGCAGAUGCACUGUCAAAGUUCUAUUAUCCACCGGUUGCAGCAGUAUCUAUUUCAUAUCCAAAAGAGGCCAUUCGCAGUGAAUGUCUGAUAGAUGGUGAACUGAAGGGAUUUGGCCAGUUGCAUCCUCGCAGCCAAGGGGUUGAAACUUUGGGAACCAUAUACAGCUCAUCACUCUUUCCCAACCGAGCUCCACCAGGAAGAAUUCUGCUGUUGAACUACAUUGGAGGGGCUACAAAUCCUGGAAUUAUCUCAAAAACACAGAGCCAACUUGUGGAAGCGGUUGACCGUGACCUGAGGAAGAUGCUCAUAGAUGCUAAAGCAAAGGAUCCACUUAUUCUUGGGGUGAGAGUCUGGCCACAAGCUAUCCCACAGUUCCUUGUUGGUCAUUUUGAUAUCCUUGAUGCUGCAAGGUCUGCUCUCAGGAACAGUGGGUCAAAAGGACUUUUUCUUGGGGGCAAUUAUGUAACUGGUGUGGCCUUGGGCAGAUGCGUGGAAGGUGCUUAUGAGGUUGCAUCUGAGGUCACUGAUUUUUUGUCACAGUAUGUGUACAAAUAGUGCACAUUUUUGGUUUUUAGGGAUUUUGAGUAUGAGUGCAUUCAUGAGUAGAAUUUAGUUUUUGGCCUUUUGGACCCUAUAUUUUGUCUUUUUUGGUGCAUUUCAGCUUGCUAUUUAACUUAAAAACAUUCAAACU